AUGGCGCCGUCGAAGCGGAUCAGUAAGGCGACCAAAAUGAAAUGCCUGUACCGUCGGCGUGCAAAUAUUUUAAAUUCGGCAGGGCUGAUCCAGACGUUUGACGUUGAGUACGUCGUGGAUCAGGCCAAUCAACUUCCAAUUCGUAUCCAACAUUUGGACGAAUUGUGGCGGGAAUUUGAGGGAGUACAAAAUGAAAUCGAAGAUCUUGAAGACGCAGAUGACGAGUUCAGUGAUGAGAGACGGACAUUUCAAAGUCUUUAUUACACCCUGAAGGCAUCGUUGACAACCAAGGUACCCCCUCCGUGUAUUCCGUCGUCGUCUAGAAAUCCUCCGAUCCCCGUUGCUCAGUCUGUGCCAAAUCUCCGUCUUCCAGAAAUCAAACUCAAAGAAUUUUCCGGCAAGUUUGAUGAAUGGGAGUCAUUCAGCGAUCUUUUCAUCUCACUGAUUCAUUCAAACCAGCAGCUAACCAUGGUGCAGAAGCUGCAUUAUCUGCGUGCAUCGCUCACUGGCGAGGCUGCACGCAUGAUUGCUCCCCUCGAUAUCACCGCAAACAAUUAUUCGGUAGCAUGGAAGCUACUGAAAGACCGAUUUGAGAACAAGCCGAUGUUAAUCAAGCGUCACAUGACUGGCUUGCUUUCAAUUUCUCCACUUAAAAGAGAGUCUGCUAGUGAACUUCUAGAUUUGGCAGAUGAGUUUGACCGCCAUGUUCAACUUUUGGAUAAGCUUGAGGGAGUUGAAGAGCAUUGGAACUCGUUCUUGGUGGAACGACUCAGUAGUUGUCUAGAUCCCAUCUCUCUUCGCGAAUGGGAAACACAAUUCUCGGGCGAAGUUAGACCAACAUAUCAACGUGUCGUCGAUUUCAUCCACAAGCGAUCCCGAAUCUUACAAACCCUUAUGCUCUCCCAACCUAGCGCUGGCUUGCAGCCCGAAUGCAAGUCGAAGCUACGUGUUUCUGCUGUUCACGUAAGCUCAUCGAACACUGUAGUGUGCGCCUGCUGUCAGCAGCAACAUUUGCUGUUUCAGUGCGGCAAAUUCCAGUCCCUCACUCCUCACGAACGGUUCGAUCUCAUCAAAAGGAACGGCCUCUGCAUCAACUGCAUGAAAGGGGCCCAUCUAGCGAAGGACUGUACCAGUGGCGGAUGCAAAACCUGUGCGAAGAAACACCAUACGAUCUCUCGGUCGGUUGAGCUUUCGAACGCCUCACCACUCGUGUCGUCGUUUCGCGAAUUAUCGUCCGCUUUCGGUUACGAACCUCCCUCGUCGUCGGUAGUCUCGUUCGAUUCAAAUUUACCUCCUAAUGCCUGUCAAAGUGCUGAAGUGAUCCACAAACAGAACACAAAUGCCGUGCUGCUUUCUACUGCCGUGAUCAAGGUCCUGGAUGGGGACAAUAAAUACCAAUACGCUCGUGCGCUCUUGGAUAGUGGAUCCCAGCCCAGCUUCAUCUCCGAAGCACUGUGUCAAAGGCUCAACUUAAAGCGGACAAAGCUCAAUUCUCCAGUCAGCGGUAUCGGACAGUCUAUGGUUAACGUACGCUACGGUGUAACCAUGUCGAUUGCCUCUCGCUUUGGUACCUUCACAUCCAAUCUUGACUGCUUGGUUUUACCGAAGCUCACCGUUGCACUACCCAGUUGCAGCAUCGACGUAACACGCUGGCGGAUUCCAAGGCAUCUACCACUUGCCGAUCCGCAGUUCAACAUUAUCCAAGGGGUUGAUGUCAUCAUCGGCGCUGAACUUUUCUACUUGCUUCUGGAAAACCAGCAGAUCAGUCUAGAUGCUGGCUAUCCAAUCCUCCAAAAAACCGUUCUCGGUUUCGUCGUCUGUGGUAAAGUCACGGAACAAGCUACCACAGAGGUAGUUGUGCAGUCUAGUCAUCUCUGUACCGAUGAGUCGCUCGAUUCCCAGUUGGAAAGGUUCUGGGAAAUUGAGAAUCUUGAUAGUGAAAAGGCAUUCACUCCAGACGAGCAGUUCUGUGAGGAACAUUUCCAGCAAACCAUUUCGAGGGACGAGAAUGGUCGAUACGUCGUUCACCUUCCGUUGCGGAAAGAAUUGGUUUCGCUAAUCGGGGACUCGUAUACUCCUGCACUUCGUCGAUUGCUGUCGAUGGAGAAGAAGUUCGCCGUUGAUGAAAACUUUCAUGAAGAAUACAGCAACGUUAUGGAGGAGUACCAGAAGUUGGGCCACAUGGAGGUAAAUUCGCGCGCGUUAUCCGGCCCACAGUUUUUCCUCCCCCACCACGCCAUCCAUCGCCCAGAGAGCACAACAACGAAGACUCGGGUUGUAUUCGAUGGAUCCAGCCAUGGUGCCAACGGCCUGUCGAUAAACGAAGUCAUGUGCAUUGGACCCACAGUGCAGCCACCGCUGCAAGCAACCGUCAUCAAUUUUCGGAUGCCACGCUUUGCCUUUACCGCUGAUGCACAGAAGAUGUUCCAGCAGAUCUGGAUACAUCCAGCUGACCGCAGAUACCAGCAAACUCUUUGGAGGAACGAUCCGUCCGAGCCAAUUUGCGUUUACCAAAUGAAGACGGUUAUGUACGGACUGGCCAGCUCACCAUACUUGGCAACUCGAGUGCUCAAUCAAUUGGCAACUGAUGACGGAGAACACUACCCUCUCGCAGUGCCAGUCAUCCGGAAGGGAACCUACGUCGACGACGUAUUGACUGGGCACGACGAUCUACACACCCUUCAGGAAACUUGUGGGCAGCUCAUCGCCUUGCUUGAAGGUGCAGGUUUCGUAUUGCGAAAAUGGGCGGCCAACGACAGCACGGCACUAGUGAACGUUCCUACCGAGUUAUGGGAAACCUCAAGAAAGUUAGAAAUCGAUCGUUCGACUGCCGUCAAGACGCUAGGCCUUCUGUGGUUUCCUGAAUCCGACCAGCUCAUGUUCAAGAUACCAGCCCUUUUUGAGCACGCCGUCAUCACCAAGAGGGUAGUUGUGUCCGAGAUGUCCCGCUUGUUCGACCCCAUCGGUCUGCUCGGGCCUGUCGUACUGUGUGCCAAAAUGUUUGUGCAAACACUCUGGGCGGAACACUUGCCAUGGGAUACGGAGCUCUCUACCGAAUUGCAAGAAUGGUGGAUGACUUAUCGAACUGACAUCCAGCAGCUAUCGAUCCUACAAGUUCCGAGAAGGAUUCUUGCAAACACUUCUCGUCAAUAUUCUCUUCACUGCUUCUGCGACGCUUCAACGAAAGGUUACGGGUGCUGUGUCUACGUCGUUUCGCCAGACGAAACGGGAGAGCUCCAUAGUCACAUUCUUACCUCGAAGUCUCGUGUUGCACCACUGCGUGGACAAUCUAUUCCACGGCUGGAGCUUUGUGCUGCGCUACUUGGAAGUCAGCUCGUGGACUCUUUACAUAGGACUACCGAAUUUACAGCGUCAACGACAAUGUGGACCGACAGCACAAUCGUUCUACACUGGCUAAAGUCGAGAUCCAACAUCUGGAAAGUUUUCGUUUCCAAUCGGGUGGCUGAGGUUCAACGACUUACAAAGGCAUUCGAGUGGAGACAUGUUUCCACGGACUUAAACCCGGCCGACCGGAUUUCGCGAGGUACCCUGGCAAGUCAGAUCGCGAAAGACGAUCUAUGGUGGCAUGGUCCCAAAUUCCUGCGAUACCCGAAGGAGCAAUGGCCAGAAUCAAUAUUCCCGACGCCAGAUGAUCAAUUCGUCAACGAGGAGGCUCGUCGUGUCGUCGCAUUACAUAUCAACACAGUAGAUCAAGAGCUCUUCGACCGAUAUUCAGAGCUCGCCAACCUGCUGAAAGGUAUUGCCCACUGCUACAGGUUUUACCACAACUGCAAGCGGCCAAAGGAGCAGCGCUCAACUGGAUCACUGUCGCCUGAUGAAUGUGAUCAUGCACUGAAGGUUCUAGCUCGUCUCGCUCAACGUUCCUCCUUUUCGGCAGAAGUCAAGAUAUACACUCUCCAGAAGAAUUCCCCGACGCCACCGAAUCUUGGACCAAAGUCCCCUCUUCGAAAGAUGAACCUUUUCAUGGACGAAUUCGGGUUGCUACGAAUCGAUGGUCGUUUACGCUACUCGAACGCACCAUUCGACACCCGAUUUCCGAUCUUGCUACCGUCCGACCACAAACUGAGCUUGAUGAUCGUGCGAGCAGUACACCUCAAAACAUUGCACGGUGGACCUUCACUUCUGCUUGCUACAGUACGUCAACGAUUCUGGCCACUCCGGGGUCGUGAUCUAGCUCGUGCAGUAGUUCGUCAAUGCGUCACUUGCUUUCGGUGUCAUCCUAAGCUGUCAACUCAAAUCAUGGCACCGUUGCCGGAAGUACGCACUACACCAGCACGACCGUUCUUGUAUUCGGGAAUGGAUUACUGUGGGCCGUUUCUCGUUCGUCCGCUGAAUGGGAGGGGCGCGUCGGUGAAAAUGUACGUUUCGCUUUUCGUCUGUCUGGUGGUGAAGGCCGUGCACAUCGAAAUCGUCGCUGAUUUAUCCGCCGCGUCGUGUAUCAACGCCGUGAAGCGCAUCGUCGCGCGGCGCGGACGUAUAGUGGAGCUACAUUGCGAUAAUGCGACCGCUUUCGUCGGGGCGGAUCGUGAGCUCAUCGCGUCGCGUAAAGAGUUCCUGCAGCAGUUCAAGGGCGACGAAUGGCGAAACCAUUGCUUGGACAACGGGAUCAAGUUCCAGUUCAUCCCCGCCCGCUCGCCACACUUCGGUGGCAUUUGGGAGGCGGGAAUCAAAUCAUUCAAAUACCAUUUCCGUCGAAUCAUGGGACUGAAAGCAUUCUCGGUGGAUCAGUUCCACACAGUCGUCACGCAAGUUGAAGCAGUGCUCAAUUCUCGCCCCCUAUCACCGCUCACUGAUUCUCCCGAUGAUCUGGCGGCUCUGACGCCAGGACAUUUCCUGGUCGGGGAACCACUCGUCGCAAUCCCGGAACCAGAUCUGAACCACAUCAAUCCUGGACGGCUCAGUCGCCUACAGGAUAUGAAGAAAACGCUGCAGGACCUUUGGACUCGUUGGUCACGUGACUAUGUGAGCCAGCUUCACCAACGGACGAAGUGGAGAAAGCAACAAACCGAUCUACGACCAGGUCAACUAGUCCUUCUGAAGGAGAAUACGCCACCUCUCCACUGGCCUUUGGGGCGUAUCGUCGAGACCAUUCCGGGCAAGGACGGCCGAGUUCGGGUGGUUGUCGUAAAGACUGCGGGCGGCCGCUACAAGCGAGCCGUGACUGAAGUGUCGGUUCUUCCAACCGAGCAGGACGAAGAAGCUACAACGAACGACCAAGUUAUCUGUUGA